AUGGCGAAAUCAAGACUAGUGCCCACAAAAACACAAACCAUUCCUCGGGUAGAAUUAACCGAAGGUGUCUUGGCUACCAAGAUGGAUGUUAUCCUUCGUCAAGAACUCCAACCUGAGAUUGAUGAAUCUACUUUCUGGGCGGAGAGCAAAAUUAUCCUUCGUUACAUCAUGAACGAAGACAAAGGGUUCCAUACGUUUGUGGACAACAGAGUUGGACAAAUCAACAGUAAUACUAUUCCAAGUGUGUUUGAUAUGCAAAGUCGUUACAGAAAGCAACGGUGUCUUCUGGAAAAGGUGGAUAAUGGAGUAUCUUCCUGCCAUUCAGUUCCGACAGAAGUGGUUCACGGCCAAGAGGAACUUCCACGGAUGGCAGAGAGUGAUGAAACAGCUGAUUUCAUGCAGUUCCAACAAUAUUCCGAUGUCCUUACAGAACGCCUGCUGGAAGCUACGGCGAAAAUCUGCGGAAGCGAGAGACCAGUGAUGUUCGAGAUAUAUGAAGAGAUCAAGUUAAUGUAUGAUAUUAGUGGAAAUGAAGAAAAUGGUAAUGCUGGAAGUGUAUGGGAUAUGAAGUUAAUGUGUGAAGAAGAAAAUGGACAUGUGUACUUACACAUGUUUUCCAAACGAGGGCGUGGCCUGCAUCAUAUUGCCGUAGGAUUGGUACGUGAGGUCGGAAUUCAGUUCUUCCACGUUGAUACUGAACCCAGGGUAUUGUCUGUGGAACCACUUGUUCACGAUCCCCGCGGAUUUAAGGAACAUGCAGUGAUAGAAAUUUUCACAAAUACUCAAAUGAAUCAGGAUGAAAGGACAAUGCCAUCGUUACCAUGUACAGCUGAUGACGCAGAAUGUCCCUUUCGAGAAUGCGACAUUUCUGAACUUGUAAUUUCCUCCUCUAGUUUCCACAAAGCAGUACCGUACCAUUUAAUUGUGGAUGAAGACUUUAUGUUACGAGGAUGUGGAAAUGCCAUGCAGAAAUUGUUAUGUAAUGCGAAUUUCAAAGACAGACGCCUUAAUGCUUUAUUCAAACUCAUUGAUCCAGAAGUGGAGUUUUCAUAUGCGGAAGUUUUGAGGCAGCUUAACGAAUCUUUCACUUUGUUGUUUUAUCAAAACACAGAAAACAAUGAUACUCAGCAAAUUACUUUUAAAGGUCAAUUUAUACAGAUGGACAACUCGACGAACUUGGCGUUCAUUGGUUCACCAUACUUUGCAAGCCUCAGAGAUCUAAUGAACAACAAAGUAGCGUUGACGACCUUCCCCAAAGAUGACAUAGUCACAGAACUGUUUUUCAUCAGUGAAAAGGCAAAGACUGAAGUUCAGAUCAGCAAAAGACUAGAUACGACAACUGUCGAGUUACAGAAGCUUUCUAAUGAAUUGGAAAAGGAGAAAAAGCGGACAGACGAGUUGCUUUAUCAGAUUUUACCCUCCAGAGUGGCACACCAGCUAAGAGAUGGCCAACGAGUAGACGCAGAAAAGUUUGAGGAGGCGUCCGUUCUUUUUAGUGACAUUGUUUCAUUUACAACGAUGUCUGCGGAAUGCGAACCAAUGGAUAUUGUCGGAGUUCUGAAUGAUCUUUUUGAAAAAUUUGAUGAUCUUACAUCAACACACAAUGUGUAUAAAGUGGAAACCAUAGGAGAUGCCUACAUGGUUGUAAGUGGCGUACCGGAGAAAACACCUGAACACGCUCCCAGGAUAGCGAGAACGGGUCUAGACAUGGUUUCAUCUGCCGGACAUGUUCUUAGUCCAAAUACCAAGCAACCCGUACAGAUCCGUGUUGGCAUCCAUACUGGUCCUGUUGUAGCUGGUGUUGUUGGUCAGAAAAUGCCCAGGUAUUGUUUAUUCGGCGACACUGUGAACACGGCGUCCAGGAUGGAAAGCCAUGGGGUACCCGGCAGAGUUCACGUCAGCAAAACCACUUACCUACAACUUGGAUCAUCCGAGUUUUUGUUAAAACCGAGAGGGAUGACUCUCAUCAAAGGAAAGGGUAAAAUGAUGACCUACCUCUUGAUGGGUUACAAAAGCAAAGUCGAUCUCGAUUUCGAUCGAAGUACAGAAGGCAUGGCAAUUAUGGGAGGUUCUAAAGACAGGAAAGACGGGACCAGAGAUUGUAUGCACAUAACCAGCACAAAGAGUUCCUUUUGCGCAUUACUCUAA